AUGACUGCUUACCCUGACUUUUCUGUGUCAUCAUGUGGAUGGCAGGCUCUGUUCAGUCUGGUUGUCCAUCCCGAUUUUCUUUGGGAUUGUUGGGGCCCAGGCAAUUUGGGUGAAUUUUCUGAUGUCAGCUCUCUCUGGAAGUGCUGGGAUGAGGGCAUGGCUAUUGAGGGAGUUGGUCGCAAGCCUCCAUUGCAGAUGGUGGAGACUGAAUGGGGUUCUUGCAAGGACAAGUGGUCAAACAAGGGACACCAUGCUGCAUGGCGUCCUCACCAAAACACCACUGCCCAUCAAAAAUGGUCUCAAUUUCAGUUUUUCAUCAGUCGAAUAGAGACCUCCAUUAGCACUGGGCUUACGGCCUUGCAAGCUGUCCAAGUUCUUGAAGAUACAUGUCUUACGUUCUCAAUGCCGCAGCUUCAUCGCAAACUCCAAACAAAGCGGCAGAAGAAGGGCAAGGUAGGUGGCCCUUGCCCUGAGUCUAGUGCUCCCUCCUCUGGGGAUGUCAUUAUGGCCACUUAA